ACCUUGGCAUAUAGUCUGGAUGCUGGUGGAACAGCGUCUCUGAUGUGUCAUGUCUGAUGCUUAAUUAGUCCAGGUAAAAUGUUUUUCAUCAUUGAAUUUCAAAUUUAUGACCUGUUAAUCUGUAAUCUACUCUUGUUUUACAGCUUGUCGCUCUCUCCAAAUCUGCAAAGGACUAUGCGAUGAUUGUGAAGUUAUUUAAUAACACUAUGCCUCUGAGAAAGGUUACCAGCAUCCAGAGGAUUCAGAACCCCUCACUGUGGACAGUCUUUCAAUGGCAGAAGGCACAGAUGACAGGGAGAAAUAAAGGAAAACCUGUCAAUCAGCAGUAUUUGUUCCACGGGACAGACGAGUCCCUGGUCGGUGCCAUCUGUGAGCAGAACUUUGACUGGAGGAUGUGUGGUGUCCACGGUGUGGCCUAUGGCAAAGGGAGCUACUUUGCCAAAGAUUCGUCCUACUCAGACAACUAUGCUGUGGCCAAAAAAAACCUGAACAAGGUCAUGUUUGUGGCUCUGGUCUUGGUGGGAGAGUACUGCAAGGGAACGAGCAGCUUGGUCAGACCCCCUUCAAAAGGAACCAGCGGAAACCUCUACGAUAGUUGUGUGAACUGCGAACGCAACCCCAGCAUCUUUGUUAUCUUUGAAAAACAUCAGAUUUAUCCAGAGUACCUUAUCAACUACUCCUAAAUCCUAAUUGCGGAUGUUUCCUUUACUUAAGUCAGGGGAUAAACACGGUUAUGGGAUGCUUUUUACUUUGGCAAGCGGAAUUAACAGCAGAAUAAACAAUCCCUUCCCCCCAAACCCGUAAAGUUAUGGAGUUAUGCUAAAGGUGGUUAGUGGUUUGAAAGCAGUUAAAUCUAUGAGCUGAUAUCGAUAUUUCCUCUGUAGGAAAAUAUGAAAACAGAAAAAACCCGGUGUGAUUCUUUGUUUAUACACAAUACAAGACAGAAUCUAAGUUUGGUCAAUGUAUACGAACUUACAGUAAUACUUUUCCACGGUUGCUGGUGUCUAUUUUGUUAAGAGAAGAAUGCCAGGUUAUACAAUAAACAAGUUUUCAAAUGUUA